UUGACCGACAUCAACUCCCUGCUCGAGUUUCUGAGCGACGAUGACCGGCCCACUUUCUUGAUCGAGGUCCUUUCUUCGAAUGUUGCUGUUCCUCACAUCCCUCGUGUCGUAUUCCAGAAUGCCGCUUUCUCCUCGUUCCUCGAGCGCACAGUCACCAAAGACUCGUAUGAUGACUGGCUUCGAUCGCUGUCUACGAGCGUAGCAAUACCUAGUAAUCGACCCGUGAAACCUUUCGGAGGAAGAGCCUGGUCGAGUAAACGUUUUCGCAAUGCCUGGAGGGUUGUCUAUUGCAGCCAAUGGGAAGAUGACAGAAAGCUGGAUAGCGUUGCCGAAGCACACACAACGCCACACAACCAUGGCCAGGAAGACACAGACAUGACAGGCUCGGAACAUGGGCUUCAACCUUCUCCUUGGACAGAUGCACAGGAAAAGAUAAUUGACUGGACUCGCUCCCCUCAGAAAGUACGCCAGUCGACAUGGAUCGACUUUAUCAAAACAUACCCUUUCGAAAAGACCUUUCUUGGGCCCAUGUCGCGAUGGUCGGAUGACUUGCGACGUCUGGCAGUCCAGAUCAUGUCUUCACCAGCUCCUAGGAUGGUAUACUGGGGACCAGAGCAGGCCAUCCUCUACAACGAGGCAGCUGCAACUUUGCUUGGUUCCAAACACCCCAAUUUCGCUCUAGGAAAUCGUUUCAUUGAUGUCUGGGGUCCUGAGAUACACGAGAAGCAUAUGAAGAUGAUUAGAACAGCCUUGGACCGAGGCCAAGUCGCCGAAGCCCGGGAGAUGGAAGCUGUUCUGGAACGUAACGGGUUUGUCGAAGAGACCUAUUGGGACGUCGUAUUACAGCCCUGUAGCGGACCAGAAGGUCAUAUGGUUGCCGUCCUGAACACAUACCAGGAAUGCACAUCUUCAGUUUUCCAAAAUCAACGACGGAAACUCAUCGACAAGAUCCAAGCCAUUAUACCCACCGUUGACAGGUUCCCCGACCUCUGGACAUCAGUAGCAGCGGAGCUGCGUAACCAUCUUCAGGAUUCAGCAUACUCCUUAAUAUACACGGCCGUCAAUCAACCUACCGAGUCAGGCUACGCACAUGCUAGCGAUCGAGUGGAUACCUUCCAACUGGAACUGCAAAUAACGUCAGGAAUCGCAUCGCAAAUUUUCGAGUCUGUUGUCCACACUGGCGAGCGAUUCCAUAGACCUUCGUUAGGACCCGUAUUUGCCGAAGCUCGCGAGACCCAACAAAUUGUCGUACUACAGCACGACAACCUUCCNCCAGAGCUGGCUUUACUCAUACCAGAUCGCGGGUUUGUGACUACGGCUUGUAUCUUGCCUAUCGCAAGUGUAUCUGGACAGCAAAUUGCUUUCAUCGUCCUUGGAAUGAACCCGCGGAGGCUUUUUACGGAUGAGACUCGUCUCUUCAUCAGCCAUAUGUCCGAUCUAGUAUCCAAAGCUGCUGCUAUGAUUUCUCUUCCUGAGGAGCAGAGGCGAGAUCAGGAAAAGUUUGAACAAAUCAACUUCGCACUCUCCCAGCAGCUGCAGAUUAUCGCUUUGAAGGCCGAGAAGAACGAGGAGACUUUUACUCGUAUGGCACAGAAUGCGCCCUUUGGAAUGUAUNNGUAUAUGUUUGACCGUGACGGCAACCCGAAAUACGUCAACGACGCAUAUCUUCGACUGAUUGGCCUCGAUCGUGAUACGUUCGAACAGGCCGCAUCUCGUGGACUAGCAUGGAGAGAUACAAUAUACGAAGAGGACAUAGAUCUGGCCACACACAUAUGGACGCGAAUGAGAGACUCGAAAACACCACAGACGUUCGAGUACCGAGUGAAAAUGGCCCCUACACAACCUGGUGAGAAGCCUGGCACCCGAACACUCGAGACGAUCUCUUUCCCAGAGAUCGAUGAGAGUGGACGUAUCAUCACAGUACAGGGCUGGCUUAUGGACAUUUCUCCUCGUAAACGUUUACAGACUCUCAUGGCACAGCGUCUGGAAGACGCUCUCGAAACCAGACGAGCAUCAGAGAACUUCAUCGAUAUGGGUAGGCUGGCCAGCUCUGCUUUUAGUACUUGUACUAACCAACAUUANGUCUCGCAUGAGAUGCGCAAUCCAUUGUCAGCCAUACUACAGCUUGCGGACGGUAUUCUUGGCUCGCUCGAUACUGCCCCAGUGCAGGAUCCCGUUUCCUUGCCAGCUGACACGAUCAAUAUGAUGGUCGAUGCAGCUCAAACCAUUACUCUCUGUGCUCAACAUCAGAAAUGCAUUCUUGACUCUUCAUUGCUUGUUAUAACCCCGGAUAAGGUCCACCCGCCAACACUCAUCGAGAAGUCCCUCAAGAUGUACGAUGCCGAACUUGCCAGGGCAGAUAUUGAGGCCAAACUGGUGGUUGAACAGAGCUACCUCGACGCGCGCCUGAAUUACGUGAUGCUCGAUCCCAGCAGAGUACUGCAAGUCAUCAUCAAUCUCUUGACCAACGGAAUCAAGUUCACUCGAGAUUGCCCGACGCGGAAGAUCUCAGUAUACUUGUCAGCGUUCGAGAAGCCGCCAGUUAGAGGUCAACGUAGUGUCACCUUCAUCGAGCCACGACCACGACAAUCAAGUCUCUCCACCUCACCAGAGUGGGGUCCUGGNGGAGAAGUCUAUAUUCAAUUUGCGGUGCAGGACACUGGAAAGGGUUUGACAGAAGAUGAACUCAAGUUGCUAUGGCAGAGAUUCAGCCAAGCAAACCCCAAGACUUACAAGCAAUAUGGUGGCAGCGGUCUUGGUCUAUUCAUCUCUCGUGAGUUGACCGAGUUACAAGGNGGGCAGAUUGGUGUCCACAGCGAAGCCGGUGUCGGAAGCAUCUUCAUGUUCUACAUCAAAGCCAGACGCUGUGUCGACGAGCCAAAGAGCCGACAGACGAGCUUCUCCGCCCCUACUGCCACUAGUCCGGUCCUCCUNCCCCACACAGCGUCCGCGGCAAGGAGGGCCAAUGUCAGCGAAGGCUCUGUGCAUACCCUGUCAUCGCCUACUUCCACCGUUCCUCCUCAAGAUAUCCAUAUCCUGAUCGUCGAGGAUAAUAAGAUUAACCAGCGCGUCAUGUCACAACAGCUUCGCAAACUUGGUUGUAUCGUCCACACAGCCGACCACGGUCAAGAUUGUCUCGACUUCCUAGAAACGACAACUUUUGCUUCCGAUUCUAAAAACAUACCACUCUCUAUAAUUCUCAUGGAUCUAGAGGUAUGUUCUGCUAUCGCCAUGUGCUUGUAUCUCAACCUGUAA